CAUGGCGUCUGAGCAGCAAAGGGGUGAUGAGCCCUCUCUCCCCAGGGAAGAGGCUGUGUGCCCGGGCUGUCAGGGAGCAGGGCCCCUGGUCCUGCCGUGUGGCCACAGCCUGUGUGAGGCCUGCCUGGGGCUGUGUGAGGGCGAGCUGGGCCAGGGGGGCUGUACCAUCUGCUAUGGCAGAGACCUGCUGGACUGCGUCCUGAAGAGACUGCUGGACUCCCUGUUCCAAGGGCAGCCACGGCGGGCCAGGGAUGGAGGUGUAGAGGACGGGGACAGGGAGCUGUGUCCUCUGCAUGGGGAGAGGCUGACGUUGUAUUGUGUGGAGGACAAGGAGAUGGUGUGUGUGGCGUGUCAGAGCGAGGAGCACGACGACCACGAGUGUUGUCCCACGGAGGAGGCUGUUCACGACUGCAAGAGGGAGCUGACGUCUGCCCUGAGACCUCUACAAGAGAAGCUGGAGGCUCUGAACACUGUCAAACAGACCUGUGAGGAGUCAGCUGAACACAUCAAGAGCCAGGCACAGCAGACCGAGCGCCUGGUCCAGCAGCAGUUUGAGAAGCUGCACCAGUUCCUCCGAGACGAGGAAGCUGCUGUGAUCUCUGCUCUGAAGGAAGAGGAGCAGGAGAAGACCCAGGGGGUGAGGGACAGGAUAGACAGAACAACAGACCAGAUCAACUCUCUAUCUGAGGCCAUUGAGGUGACGGCGGAGGCCAUGGACACUGGUGAUGACAUAACCUUCCUCAAGAACUUCAAGAGGACCUCUGAGAGGACUCAGGUGACAGUACAGGAGCCAGAGGAGGUGACAGGAGCUCUGCUGGACGUGGCCAAACACCUGGGCUGUCUCAACUACAGAGUCUGGGAGAGGAUGCAGGACUUCAUUACAUACACUCCUGUGACUCUGGACCCCAACACGGCUAAUGUCUGCCUGUCUCUGUCUGAUGAUCUGACCAGCCUGCGGUACACAGAGGAGGAGGAGCGACUCCCUGACAACCCAGAGAGGUUCUGUUACUAUGAGUGUGUCCUGGGUUCCGAGGGCUUCAACUCCGGACGACACACCUGGGACGUGGAGGUGGGCGUGAACAGCGAGUGGGCCGUGGGCGUGGCACGGGAGACAGUCUCGAGGAAGGAGUGGUUCACCCCGAGCCCAGAGAGGGGCCUGUGGACCAUCUCCUACUAUGGAGGUGAAUACCGCGCCCGCACGGCCACCGCCACCCCCCUGGUCCUGAAGAGAAGGCCCCAGGAGGUCAGAGUGCAGCUGGACUGGGACAGAGGCAGGGUGAUCUUCUCCGAUGCCUCAGACAACACGCUCAUCUACAAGUUCCAACACAAGUUCACCCAGAGAGUGUUCCCUUACUUCUCCAACACCUGCAAGAGGCAUCCUCUGAGGAUCUCAGCAGGGAAGGUGUCAGUUUCAGCGGAGUAGCUUGGUUCAUUCAUUAAGAGCUGAUUUGGUAAACCUAUAGUUAAGGGACAUUAAAAAGCUGUUGCUGCAGAACAGGUAAAAACAUUAGCUUUAAAGUGGAUGCACCUUUACUGCAGCAAAGGCAUUUUGAAAUAGUCACUUUUUUUAUGCAGCUACCUGACUGUUUUCUGUCUCUUUGUGUUCUAAUUUAAAUAGAUAAUUACUGAUUCUCUCUCUCUGUGUUCUAAUUUAAAUAGAUCAUUACUGACUCUCUCUCGCUGUGUUCUAAUUUAAAUAGAUAAUUACUGACUCUCGCUGUGUUCUAAUCUAAAUGGAUAAUUACUGA